AUGUGGAGAGUCCGGAAAAGGGGCUACUUUGGGAUUUGGUCAUUCCCCUUAAUAAUCGCCGCUGUCUGUGCGCAGAGUGUCAAUGACCCUAGUAAUAUGUCGCUGGUUAAAGAGACGGUGGAUAGGCUCCUGAAAGGCUAUGACAUUCGUCUGAGACCAGAUUUUGGAGGUCCCCCAGUGGCUGUGGGAAUGAACAUUGACAUCGCCAGCAUCGACAUGGUUUCUGAAGUUAAUAUGGACUAUACCUUGACAAUGUACUUUCAGCAAGCCUGGAGAGAUAAGAGGUUGUCCUAUAAUGUAAUACCUUUAAACUUGACUCUGGACAACAGAGUGGCAGACCAGCUCUGGGUGCCUGAUACCUACUUUCUGAAUGAUAAGAAGUCAUUUGUGCAUGGAGUGACCGUCAAGAAUCGUAUGAUCCGCCUGCAUCCUGAUGGCACAGUCCUUUAUGGACUCAGAAUCACAACCACGGCUGCCUGUAUGAUGGAUCUAAGGCGGUACCCACUGGAUGAACAAAACUGCACCUUGGAAAUUGAAAGCUAUGGAUAUACAACUGAUGACAUUGAGUUUUACUGGCGUGGAGAUGAUAAUGCCGUAACAGGAGUGACAAAGAUUGAACUUCCACAGUUCUCUAUUGUAGAUUACAAACUUAUCACCAAGAAGGUUGUUUUUUCCACAGGUUCCUAUCCCAGGUUGUCCCUCAGCUUUAAGCUUAAAAGAAACAUUGGCUACUUCAUCCUGCAAACAUACAUGCCUUCCAUCCUGAUUACUAUCCUCUCUUGGGUCUCCUUCUGGAUUAAUUAUGAUGCUUCUGCUGCAAGAGUGGCAUUAGGAAUUACAACUGUUCUUACAAUGACCACAAUCAACACCCACCUCCGGGAAACUCUCCCCAAAAUCCCCUAUGUAAAGGCCAUUGACAUGUACCUGAUGGGGUGCUUUGUCUUUGUUUUCAUGGCCCUGCUGGAAUAUGCUUUGGUCAAUUAUAUCUUCUUUGGGAGAGGACCCCAACGCCAAAAGAAAGCUGCUGAGAAAGCUGCUAGUGCCAACAAUGAGAAGAUGCGCCUGGAUGUCAACAAGAUUUUUUAUAAAGAUAUUAAACAAAAUGGGACCCAAUAUCGAUCCUUGUGGGACCCUACUGGAAACCUCUCCCCAACUAGACGGACUACCAAUUACGAUUUCUCUCUGUAUACGAUGGACCCCCAUGAGAAUAUCUUACUGAGCACUCUUGAGAUAAAAAAUGAAAUGACCACAUCGGAGGCUGUGAUGGGACUUGGAGACCCUAGGAGCACAAUGUUGGCCUAUGAUGCCUCCAGCAUCCAGUAUCGGAAAGCGGGGUUGCCCAGGCAUAGUUUUGGCCGAAAUGCUCUGGAACGACAUGUGGCACAAAAGAAAAGUCGCCUGCGGAGACGCGCCUCCCAGCUGAAAAUCACCAUCCCUGACUUGACUGAUGUGAAUGCCAUAGAUCGGUGGUCUCGCAUAUUCUUCCCAGUGGUUUUUUCCUUCUUCAACAUCGUCUAUUGGCUUUAUUACGUGAACUAA